AUGCCUAAAGAUAAGGUAUCAUUCACCCUCAAGACCCCCAAGGGCACUAAGGAUUGGUCCGGCUCAGACGCCAUCCUUCGAGACCGCAUCUUCACCACCAUUGCCGACGUUUUCAAGCGCCACGGCGGAACCGCCCUCGAUACCCCCGUCUUUGAGCUCCGUGAGAUCCUGGCUGGCAAGUAUGGUGAGGACUCUAAGCUCAUCUACGAUCUGCAAGAUCAGGGUGGUGAGAUCUGCUCCCUGCGUUAUGACUUGACCGUCCCCUUCGCGCGCUGGCUCGCAAUGAACACGGACGUGCGCAACAUCAAGCGCUACCACAUUGCCAAGGUGUACCGUCGUGAUCAGCCUGCUGUCAGCAAGGGCCGUAUGCGCGAGUUCUACCAGUGUGACUUCGAUAUCGCCGGUGCCUUCGACCCCAUGGUGCCCGAUGCCGAGGUACUGCGCAUUGUCAGUGAGGUCUUCGAGGAGCUCGGCUGGAAUGGCCGUUACACGAUCAAGAUCAACCACCGUAAGAUUCUGGACGGUGUCUUUGCCGUGUGUGGUGUGCCAGAGGACAAGAUCCGGCCCAUCUCGAGCGCUGUCGAUAAGCUGGAUAAGAUGCCUUGGGCGGAUGUUCGCAAGGAGAUGGUCGAUGAGAAGGGCUUGGAUGGUGCCAUUGCGGACCGUAUUGAGACCUAUGUUAUGCACAAGGGUGGCCGUGAGCUUUUGAACAAGCUCUUGGAGGAUGAGACUCUUACUGCCAAUGCUUCCGCUAAGGCUGGUCUCGACGAUAUGGCUUUGAUGAUGGACUACCUGGAGGCGUUUGGAUCGUUGGAUAAGAUCUCCUUCGAUAUGUCUCUGGCUCGUGGUUUGGAUUACUACACCGGUGUUAUCUACGAGGUUGUCACCGAGGGCUCUGCCCCCGCCAUUCAAUCUGACGCCCCGGAGGCGGAGAAGGCUCGCAAGUCCAACAAGAAGGACAAGAAGGUCUCAGAGGAUGACGACCGUUCAAACGACCCCACUCUUGGUGUAGGCAGUGUUGCCGCCGGUGGUCGUUACGACAACCUUGUGGGCAUGUUCCAACCCAAGGCUCAGAUUCCCUGUGUCGGUGUUUCUUUCGGAGUGGACCGUAUCUUUUCCAUUACCAAGGCUCGCAUUGAGCGUGAGAACAAGACUGAGGCUCUCCGCAAGAGCGAGGUCGACGCAUACGUUAUGGCCUUCGGUGGUAAGGGUUUCACUGGAAUGCUCAAGGAGCGUAUGGAGGUCUGCCAGAAGCUGUGGAACGCUAACAUCAAGGCUGAGUUCUCCUACAAGCUGAAGCCCAAGCUUCCCCAGCAGUUCAAGGCUGCCGAGCAGGGUGCUAUUCCCUUUGCCGUCAUUCUCGGUGAAGAGGAGUUGGCUGCUGGUAAGGUUCGCAUCAAGGAGAUGGGUCUCCCCGCUGACCACCCCGAGAAGGAGGGUGUUGAGGUCGAGCUGGCCUCCUUGGUGACUGAACUUAAGUCGCGCCUUUCCCAAAAGCAAAACGGUGCCGUCGACAACCUAGCUCAGCAACUGCAAGCUGCACAGGUUUGA